AUGGGCCUCCUAAUCCGAUCCGCACUACACCCCCACCUUACCCGCGCUGCAUCCGCCCUGGAAAGGCUUCUCCGCUUCCCCACGCUACCCUUCCCCUCACUCAGGCGGGUCUGGGGGCCACAACAGUUCCGGAGCUCUGGGCUGAAGAGAGCAGCAGAUGCAGGGGCAGCAGCAGCAGUAGCAGCAGCAGCGGCGGCAGCAGCAGCAGCGCCCGCAGUGCAAGCAGCUGGUGCGGAGACUGUAUCUCACAAUGCGGCAGCGGAGGAGGGGGUGGGGGAAUCACGGGUUGCAGCAGCGCGGACAGUGCAAGCAGCUAGUUUCGUAGCCCACGCUGCGGCAGCGGCAGCGGAGGGUGUGGGAACAAGACCGGGAGCAGCCGAAUUCGCUGUUGCUGCGACCGACCCCUCCCCUCUCAAGUCCUUCUCCCACUGGCCGCUCUCCAGUGCCCACCCGCUCCUCACAGCCGGCUCAACCCGUCGCAACCGCUCCUCCCUCUCCCUCACCACGCUCUCCGACCUCAACGCUGCCGCCCUGGCGCUGCACCCCACCCCCUUCGCCCUGCUCGCCCCCGCCACGCCCUCCUCCCCCUGCCGCCCCUUCUCCUUCUCCACCUCCUUCACCUUCCGCAUCUCCUCCCCCAAUGCCGCCGGGCUGGGCGGCGAGGGCUUGGCGUUUGUGAUGCUGCCGACGCCCACUCUUGGCUUGCCGGGGCCCUCCCUGGGGUACGGCCGACUGCUGCUGCCCCCGGGGAGCACGACUGGUGCUGAUGACUCACAGGUACGCGCAUCUCAUCAGCACCAGCAGUGUUCCAUUUCAGGUACGUGUCAUCUCAGGUACGUGUCAUAUCCGCUACAGCAGCAGCGGAGCCUGGCAGUGGAGUUUGACACGGCCUCUUCUCCCGAGUUUUGGGACCGCCCCGACCACCACGUGGGGGUGAACCUGCACGGCAGCAUGCUCUCUCUCGCCUCUGCCCCCGUGCACCCCCUCGGCAUUCCCGCCCUCAACGCCGGUCAGACCCUCCUCGCCACCAUCCACUACAACGCCUCCUCCUCCCUCCUCACCUGGCUGGGGGGGAACGACCCGGAGGCGGCAGCGCCCCCCCCGCCGCUGUUUGUGGGAUUCACAGCGGCCACGGGCAAGGGGGCGGAGCAGGCUCAGGCACAUGAGGUGCUGGGGUGGACGUUCCAAGUGGGGGAGGGUGAGUUGCUUGGUGACCUUAAGUGGUGCUGGGGUGGACGUUCCAAGUGGGGGAGGGUGAGUGGAGUGUCUUUAACCUGCUACUCACACCGCUCAAUCACAUAA